UGUGGCCGGCCGGAGCGCCCGGGGAGGGGGCGCGCUCGCCAGCCCCCCCGGACGCCCUCCCCCAGUUCGGGGCGGGGGGCGGAAGGAAUGUGCCACCAGCUGUUCCCGGCCCGCGAGCGCUCCGUCCAGAAGUGAGAAACUCGGAGGAAGCAGAGACAAAAGGCUGCGGUGGAGACGGAUGAGUUAGGGACUUGGGUCUGGGCGAACAAAAGGGGCAGGACUUGGAGGACGGGGGUCCGGCCAUGGCUGCGGGGCAGCCCCGCGCUCUGGCGUGGCUGGCGGCCGCGCCGUGACACGCACGGUGUGCCCGGACCUGCCGCGGCGCGGGCGAGCGUGGAGUGCCCGCCACGAUGGACAACUUCUUCCCCGAGGGAACACGAGUCUGGCUGAGAGAAAGUGGCCAGCAUUUUCCCAGCACUGUAAAUUCCUGUGCAGAAGGCGUCGUCGUCUUCCGGACAGACUAUGGUCAGGUGUUCACAUACAAGCAGAGCACAAUUACCCGCCAGAAGGUGGUCCCCAUGCACCCCAGGGACGAGGAGGGCGUGGAUGAUAUGGCCUCCCUGACGGAGCUGCACGGAGGCUCCAUCAUGUACAACCUAUUCCAGCGAUACAAGAGGAACCAAAUAUAUACCUACAUUGGCUCCAUCAUCGCCUCCGUGAACCCCUACCAGCCCAUCACCGGCCUGUAUGAAGGCGCCACCAUGGAGCGCUACAGCAGGCACCACCUGGGGGAGCUCCCACCACACAUCUUCGCCAUUGCCAACGAGUGCUACCGCUGCCUGUGGAAGCGCCACGACAACCAGUGUGUCCUCAUCAGUGGUGAAAGUGGGGCUGGCAAAACCGAGAGCACAAAGUUGAUACUCAAGUUCCUGUCGGUCAUCAGCCAGCAGUCUUCAGAGCUGUCCUUGAAGGAGAAGACAUCCAGCGUGGAACAAGCCAUUCUGGAAAGCAGCCCCAUCAUGGAAGCCUUCGGCAACGCGAAGACAGUGUACAACAACAACUCCAGUCGCUUUGGGAAGUUUGUGCAGCUGAACAUCUGUGAGAAGGGCAAUAUUCAGGGCGGGAGAAUUGUAGAUUAUUUAUUAGAAAAAAACCGAGUAGUAAGGCAGAAUCCCGGGGAGAGGAAUUAUCACAUAUUCUAUGCGCUGCUGGCAGGGCUGGAACAUGAAGAGAGAGAAGAAUUUUAUUUAUCUGUGCCUGAGAACUACCACUACUUGAAUCAAUCUGGAUGCAUAGAAGACAAGACAAUCAGUGACCAGGAAUCCUUUAGGGAAGUUAUCACGGCGAUGGCAGUGAUGCAGUUCAGCAAGGAGGAGGUCCGGGAGGUGCUGCGGCUGCUGGCAGGGAUACUGCACCUCGGGAACAUCGAGUUCAUCACUGCGGGCGGCGCGCAGGUCUCCUUCAAAACAGCUUUGGGCAGGUCUGCAGAGUUACUCGGGCUGGACCCAACGCAGCUCACAGAUGCUCUGACCCAGAGAUCCAUGUUCCUCAGGGGAGAGGAGAUCCUCACGCCUCUCAGUGUUCAGCAGGCAGUCGAUAGCAGAGACUCCUUGGCCAUGGCACUUUAUGCGCGCUGCUUCGAGUGGGUGAUCAAGAAGAUCAAUAGCAGGAUCAAAGGCAAAGAUGACUUCAAAUCAAUUGGCAUCCUUGACAUCUUUGGAUUUGAAAACUUUGAGGUUAAUCACUUCGAGCAGUUCAAUAUUAACUAUGCAAAUGAGAAGCUUCAGGAAUAUUUCAACAAGCAUAUCUUUUCUUUAGAACAACUAGAAUAUAGCAGAGAGGGAUUAGUGUGGGAAGAUAUUGACUGGAUAGACAAUGGAGAAUGCCUGGACUUGAUUGAGAAGAAACUUGGCCUCCUAGCUCUUAUCAAUGAAGAAAGCCAUUUUCCUCAAGCCACAGACAGCACCUUAUUGGAGAAGUUACACAAUCAGCAUGCUAAUAACCACUUUUAUGUGAAGCCCAGAGUUGCGGUCAACAAUUUUGGAGUGAAACACUAUGCUGGAGAGGUGCAGUAUGAUGUCCGAGGCAUCUUGGAGAAGAACAGAGAUACCUUUAGAGAUGACCUUCUCAACUUGCUAAGAGAAAGCCGAUUCGACUUCAUCUAUGACCUAUUUGAACACGUUUCAAGCCGCAACAAUCAGGACACCUUGAAAUGUGGAAGCAAACAUCGGCGGCCCACAGUCAGCUCCCAGUUCAAGGACUCACUGCAUUCCUUAAUGGCAACGCUAAGCUCUUCUAAUCCUUUCUUUGUUCGCUGUAUCAAGCCAAACAUGCAGAAGAUGCCAGACCAGUUUGACCAGGCCGUGGUGCUGAACCAGCUGCGUUACUCGGGGAUGCUGGAGACAGUGAGGAUCCGCAAAGCUGGGUAUGCGGUCCGAAGACCCUUCCAGGAUUUUUACAAAAGGUAUAAAGUUCUGAUGCGGAACCUGGCUCUGCCCGAGGAUGUCCGAGGGAAGUGCACAGCUCUCCUGCAGUGCUAUGACGCCUCCAACAGCGAGUGGCAGCUGGGGAAGACCAAGGUGUUCCUUCGAGAAUCCUUGGAGCAGAAACUGGAGAGACAGCGGGAGGAGGAAGUUACUCACGCAGCCGUGGUGAUCCGGGCCCACAUCUUGGGCUACUUGGCACGAAAGCAGUACAGAAAGGUCCUCGACUGCGUCGUGACCAUCCAGAAGAACUGCAGAGCCUGCCUGCUGAGGAGGCGCUUCCUGCACCUGAGGCACGCAGCCAUCGUCUUCCAGAAGCAGUUCCGAGGCCGGAGCGCCCGUCGAGUUUACCGACAGCUGCUGGCCGCCAAGCGGGAGCAAGAAGAAAAGAGGAGGCGGGAGGCAGAGGAGAGAGAAAGAGCACGACGAGAAGCAGAGCUCCGCGCCCAGCAGGAGGAGGAAGCAAGGGAGCAGCAAGAGCUGGCGGCCUUGCAGCAGAGCCAGAAGGAAGCAGAGCUGAGCCAGGAGCUGGAGAAGCAGAAGGAAAACAAGCAGGUGGAGGAGAUCCUGCGCCUGGAGAAGGAGAUCGAGGACCUGCAGCGCAUGAAGGAGCAGCAGGAGCUGUCGCUGACCGAGGCCUCCCUGCAGAAGCUGCAGCAGUUGCGGGACGAGGAGCUCCGGAGGCUGGAGGACGAGGCCUGCCGCGCGGCCCAGGAGUUCCUCGAGUCCCUCAACUUCGACGAGAUCGACGAGUGUGUCCGCAACAUCGAGCGCUCCCUGUCCGUGGGCAGCGAGUUCUCGGGCGAGCUCAGUGAGCUGGCCGAGAGCGCGAGCGGCGAGAAGCCCAGCUUCAACUUCAGCCAGCCCUACCCGGAGGAGGAGGUCGACGAGGGCUUUGAGGCCGACGACGACGCCUUCAAGGACUCCCCUAACCCCAGCGAGCACGGCCACUCUGACCAGCGCACCAGCGGCAUCCGCACCAGCGACGACUCGUCCGAGGAGGACCCCUACAUGAACGACACAGUGGUCCCCACCAGCCCCAGCGCGGACAGCACGGUGCUGCUCGCCCCGUCCGUGCAGGACUCGGUCAGCCUGCACAACUCCUCCAGUGGCGAGUCCACCUACUGCAUGCCCCAGAACGCGGGGGACCUGCCCUCCCCAGACGGCGACUACGACUACGACCAGGACGACUACGAGGACGGCGCCAUCACCUCCGGCAGCAGCGUGACCUUCUCAAACUCCUGCGGCAGCCAGUGGUCCCCAGACUACCGCUGCUCCGUGGGGACCUACAACAGCUCCGGUGCCUACCGGUUCAGCUCUGAGGGGGCGCAGUCCUCGUUUGAAGAUAGCGAGGAGGAUUUCGACUCCAGGUUUGACACGGACGACGAGCUCUCAUACCGGCGGGACUCUGUGUACAGCUGUGUCACCCUACCGUACUUCCACAGCUUUCUCUACAUGAAAGGUGGCUUAAUGAACUCGUGGAAGCGCCGCUGGUGCGUCCUGAAGGAUGAAACGUUCCUGUGGUUCCGCUCCAAGCAGGAGGCCCUCAAGCAAGGCUGGCUUCACAAAAAGGGCGGAGGCUCCUCCACCCUGUCCCGGAGAAACUGGAAGAAGCGUUGGUUUGUCCUCCGCCAGUCCAAGCUGAUGUACUUCGAGAACGACAGCGAGGAGAAGCUCAAGGGAACCGUGGACGUCCGCACGGCCAAGGAGAUCAUAGACAACACCAGCAAGGAGAACGGGAUCGAUAUCAUUAUGGCCGACAGGACCUUCCACCUGAUCGCGGAGUCCCCGGAGGACGCCAGCCAGUGGUUCAGCGUGCUGAGUCAGGUCCACGCGUCCACCGACCAGGAGAUCCGGGAGAUGCACGACGAGCAGGCCAACCCACAGAAUGCCGUGGGCACGCUGGAUGUGGGGCUGAUCGAUUCCGUGUGUGCUUCCGACAGCCCUGAUAGACCCAACUCGUUCGUGAUCAUCACGGCCAACCGGGUGCUGCACUGCAACGCCGACACGCCCGAGGAGAUGCACCACUGGAUCACGCUGCUGCAGAGAUCCAAGGGCGACACCCGCGUGGAGGGCCAGGAGUUCAUAGUGCGAGGGUGGUUGCACAAGGAGGUCAAGAACAGCCCGAAGAUGUGUUCCCUGAAACUGAAGAAGCGGUGGUUCGUCCUCACCCACAACUCGCUGGACUACUACAAGAGCUCGGAAAAGAAUGCCCUGAAGCUGGGCACCCUGGUCCUCACGAGCCUCUGCUCGGUCGUGCCCCCGGACGAGAAGAUAUUCAAAGAGACAGGCUACUGGAACAUCACUGUGUACGGACGCAAGCACUGUUACAGGCUCUACACCAAGCUGCUCAACGAGGCCACCCGGUGGUCCAGCGCCAUUCAGAACGUCACCGACACCAAGGCCCCAAUCGACACCCCCACCCAGCAGCUGAUCCAAGACAUCAAGGAGAACUGCCUGAACUCGGAUGUGGUGGAGCAGAUUUACAAACGCAACCCCAUCCUGCGAUACACCCAUCACCCGCUGCACUCCCCACUGCUGCCCCUUCCCUACGGGGACAUCAACCUCAACCUACUCAAAGACAAAGGCUACACGACCCUUCAGGAUGAAGCCAUCAAGAUAUUCAAUUCCCUGCAGCAACUGGAAUCCAUGUCUGACCCCAUCCCGAUCAUCCAGGGCAUCCUGCAGACAGGGCAUGACCUCCGCCCCCUGCGAGACGAGCUGUACUGCCAGCUCAUCAAACAGACCACCAAGGUGCCCCAUCCCAGCAGCGUGGGCAACCUGUACAGCUGGCAGAUCCUGACCUGCCUGAGCUGCACCUUCCUGCCCAGUCGAGGGAUUCUCAAGUAUCUCAAGUUCCAUCUGAAGAGGAUACGGGAACAGUUUCCAGGAACCGAAAUGGAAAAAUACGCCCUCUUCAUUUACGAAUCCCUUAAGAAAACCAAAUGCAGAGAGUUUGUGCCUUCCCGAGAUGAAAUCGAAGCCCUGAUCCACAGGCAGGAAAUGACGUCCACGGUGUACUGCCAUGGAGGAGGCUCCUGCAAGAUCACCAUCACCUCGCACACCACGGCCGGGGAGGUGGUGGAGAAGCUGAUCCGAGGCCUGGCCAUGGAAGACAGCAGGAACAUGUUUGCCCUGUUUGAGUACAAUGGCCACGUUGACAAAGCCAUUGAAAGCAGAACCAUCGUGGCUGAUGUUUUAGCCAAGUUUGAAAAGCUGGCUGCCACGUCGGAUGCAGGGGAUCUGCCAUGGAAGUUUUACUUCAAACUUUACUGCUUCUUGGACACAGACAACGUGCCAAAAGACAGCGUGGAGUUUGCAUUUAUGUUUGAACAGGCCCAUGAAGCGGUCAUCCAUGGCCACCAUCCAGCCCCCGAAGAAAACCUCCAGGUCCUGGCUGCCCUGCGGCUCCAGUACCUGCAGGGGGAUUAUUCGCUGCAUGCCACCGUCCCACCUCUCGAGGAAGUGUAUUCCCUACAGAGACUCAAGGCCCGCAUCAGCCAGUCCACCAAAAGCUUCACGCCGUGUGAGCGGCUGGAGAAGAGGCGGACGAGCUUCCUGGAGGGGACGCUGCGGCGGAGCUUCCGCACGGGGUCGGUCGUCAAGCAGAAGGCCGAGGAGGAGCAGAUGCUGGACAUGUGGGUGGAAGAGGAAGUCUGCUCCGCCCGCGCCAGCAUCCUCGACAAGUGGAAGAAAUUUCAGGGAAUGAACCAGGAACAGGCCAUGGCCAAGUACAUGGCCCUGAUCAAGGAGUGGCCUGGCUACGGGUCCACGCUGUUCGACGUGGAGUGCAAGGAAGGCGGCUUCCCCCAGGAACUCUGGCUGGGAGUGAGUGCAGACGCCGUCUCUGUCUACAAGCGUGGGGAGGGGAGGCCGCUGGAGGUCUUCCAGUAUGAACACAUCCUCUCCUUUGGAGCACCACUGGCAAAUACCUACAAGAUCGUGGUGGAUGAGAGGGAGCUGCUCUUUGAAACCAGCGAGGUGGUGGACGUGGCCAAGCUCAUGAAAGCGUACAUCAGCAUGAUCGUGAAGAAGCGCUACAGCACCACACGCUCCGUGAGCAGCCAGGGCAGCUCCAGGUGAGGACAGCGCUGAGCCCACCUGUCUGCUACUCGAACGACCGUGCCGCCCUCCGGCCUCCGCUGGCUCCUGCGCGUGCUGAGCCCAGCCCACAGCAGAGCUGCCCGGCCUUUCUGGAAGCCCCUCCGCUGAGGGUCCUGUGGCCCUGCCAGCUGCAGUGAUCAUGUAUUAAGCUGUCCACCUUAACAGUCUGCACAAUUUCCAAAGCUUUACUACUCGUAGACGACACAUGCCUUAAAGAAGAGGAGGGAGUUCUCUUGCUGCGGCCAAAGCAGUCGGAAGUGCCUUAACUUGUGGAACCAACCCUGAUCGACCUUAACUGUGCUACUGAAGGGAAAGGCUCCCCCUCCCGCCUCAGAGAGACAGAGCUGGGGUGGGGGUGGGGGCAUUCAUCCAUCACUUGUGCACUAACCUCCCCGCCCGAUUUCCCUGGCUCUGAGCAAAGGUGAGGGAGUGGGGAGCGGGGCGGAGAGGCAAGGGGACGUGUGUUGUAGCUGGAGUGCUGCUGGCAGCCUUCCUCACGGACUUGUGUUACCUUUGUUCUCUGUCUCAUCUUUUCAGUGCAUGCGCUUGCGUGUGCAUGCAUGUGUUCAUAAACUCAGUCCCUUUAAUCACUGUUUCAUGAGCAUUAAAAGCAAAGGGAAAAAGGACGUGCAAUGGUGUAAACAGUCGGUCUGUAUAUUGUAAUAGUUAAGAGUCUUAGUCUCCAGUUGUUACUUUAUAAGGUGGUUUUAUUAACAACCCAGAAUCCUGGAUUUCCCCUGUCUGUGCUGUAUUCCACAAAACAUGUUUUGAUUCAGUUUUGUUCUACAUGUAGCAAAGUCUGCAGUCUGUGUCUGCUGUAUUACACACAGGUCUGCAGGCUGCAAGAUAACUGUAUUUAUGAACCACUCUUAAACCGCUGACUCCAGUGCUGUUUUUAGAAUGAUAUGAAGUCAUUUAGGACUCCUUCAUUUUUAAAAGAUUUAAGUUAAAAAAGAAAAGUAUUUCUUUAAAGGUUAGCAUAUAUCACUCUGGAUAGAUGACAGCUGUAACCGUGAUGAAUGCAAGGGACACAUGCUGCAUUCCGGAAAGAGGUAACGUGAGCGAAUCUUCAGUGGACCCUGACAUUAAAUGCUGAGGCUUUAAUAAAAUACACACAUAUUUUAUCCCAAGUUUAUACUGGUGAUCUGAAUAAGGCACCUGUAAAUAAAUCAGCAUUUAUGACCAGAAGAAAAAUAAUCUGGUCUUGGACGUUUAUUUUUAUAUGGAAAAGUUAUAAAGACUUGGGCCAACUAAGUCUACCCACCAAGAAAAAAAGAAAUCUGCCUUAUAUCUGUGGACAACUGUGCAUAUUUGUUGUUUGUUGGCUCACAGCAAGUCUGACAAUAAAAGAUAUUAGCUACAUGCUGUGCAUUGCUUCUGUCCGAGGC